AUGGGAAUUUGUGGAAACUCAUCAUUAAAAUCACAUCCUAGCGACAACUUAGUUGAAUAGAAAAAAGAAAAAAAUGUGAAUUAGAACUAAUAAUAAAAAAAUGUUAAAUUGUUUGAUUACAAUUAAAAUAAGAUAGUUCAAGUACCUUUGUUAAAUCCUGCUACUUAAAAUACUUUAUAUUCAAAGAGAUAAGCAUAAAGUCCUAAUAAGAAUCAUGAAAGUGUUCAAUUACUCACUUAAUCUUGA